GGCUCUCUUUACUUCAACUUGUUGAUGAUAAUGCAACCAUACAGUUUAAGUGAUGCAUAGCAAACUUUUAAAAACCUUUCCUGAGCUUACGAUGAAGAAAGCAAAGCCAUAUAACUACCUUAAAAAGAUGUGCGCUGAGAAUGGCUUGUUUAUAAAGGUAUGGAUCUCGAAAAGCAAGGUGUUUCAUUGGACGAAGCAGGAAUUAACCUACAUAUUCCUAGGAAUCGUGGUUGAUCCUACCAGGAUAUAUAACCUUUUGGAUGUCAUUUCCGCUGAGGAAAUCAACUAUUGCUAUCAAGUUAAAGAAGAGAAGAACAGAGGAAGAUUAUCAAGGCAAUCGCAAGACUGGAUUCCCAGACAGAGAAACAAUUAUAUCAUCCAAAUAAUGUGUGGGUUCAUUAGAAAAAAAAGCUUGAAUAGAUAUAACUUUGUAGUAGAAAAUGCAUCAAUUCAUAAGCCUGUAACUGUUAGGAAAAGUAUAGAGACAAGAAGCUACAUAUGUGCAUAUCUACUUCAUACUCAUCCUUUCUGAAGCCUGUUUGGAACGUCUGUCAAGAUGGAAUUUGCAGACAGACAAUUGCCUAUUGAUACAGGCAGCAGUCUCACUCCAAGUAUAAUGAGGGCUCUUAAAACGGUUAUUUUGAAUGUUUGAAAAUGUUGGAUAACCGAUGUUUUUUUGUUUUUUUUGUAUACAUUCAGUGCAAAACCGAUGUGAUCAUUUUCUUUACCAAAUUGCUUGGUUAAAGGCUAAAGGCACUACAGCAAACUCUGCAAUAAUAAACUCAGAUAGGCUAAAAAUUGCCCAAAGAACCAGUGUUUAAAAAAAAAAUAAAAAAAAUAAAAAAAAAACCGACAAAAAUACACAA